GGGCCAAGAAUCUCUACAUCAUCUCCGUGAAGGGCAUCAAGGGCCGCCUGAACCGGCUGCCGGCGGCCGGCGUGGGUGACAUGGUGAUGGCCACGGUGAAGAAGGGCAAGCCGGAGCUGAGGAAGAAGGUGCAUCCAGCAGUGGUGAUCAGGCAGCGGAAAUCCUACAGGAGAAAAGAUGGGGUGUUCCUGUACUUCGAGGACAACGCAGGAGUGAUUGUAAAUAACAAAGGAGAAAUGAAAGGCUCAGCCAUCACAGGCCCCGUGGCCAAGGAAUGUGCAGAUCUGUGGCCCAGGAUCGCCUCCAACGCCGGCAGCAUCGCCUGAUCCCGAUCCUGCCCCUGGCCAGGGAUACAAAAUAAAGCUCCUUGUACCAAC